ACUGUUUUCAUUAAUAAAAUAAAUCCCAUUCCACAUUACUCACAUUUAUAUCACUCUCGCUACCUGGCUCGCCAGUUGUUAAAUAAAUCAAAACACACAUUCAACCGAAUGACUCGCCUUUUCCGAUCCAAAUCUUGCGGACUCACCGAGUUCAACUCUUUCCCUCCCCCGACUCCCUUCUUUCACCAAUACGACACUGAAGGUGAGUACGAGGAGGAGGAGGAGGAGGAGGAGGAGGGUGAGGACGAAGAAGAAGAGUUGUAUAGUGAUGCUUCUGAAAACCCGCUAUCGACGCCGUUUAUUGGGUCAAGAGAAGGAACGGGAGGGAAUGAGAGAGGUCGAAACAGAAAUAGCAAUAAAGAGUUUGCAUUUUUGGAUAUUUUCGUAACGGCGUUAAGGAAGUCUUUGGUGACAUGCAGUGUGGAAAGAGACGAUGUUUCUUCUUCAAUGGACAUAAGCUGGCCUACUGAAGUUAAGCACGUGUCUCACGUGACUUUUGAUAGGUUUAAUGGCUUCCUCGGUUUGCCUACUGAGCUUGAGCCUGAGGUUCCUCGCAAGGUCCCUAGCGCCAGUGCAAAUGUAUUUGGAGUUUCUGCCUGGUCAAUGCAAUGUUCCUAUGAUGACAAAGGGAACAGUGUGCCCACUAUUCUUCUUAUGAUGCAAAAGCGUUUAUAUGUAGAAGGAGGACUUAAGGCGGAAGGAAUUUUCCGUAUAAAUGCCGAUAAUAGCCAAGAAGCUUAUGUCAGAAACCAACUAAACAAAGGUGUAGUGCCUCGUGGAAUUGAUGUCCAUUGUUUGGCAGGUUUAAUAAAGGCUUGGUUUAGAGAACUACCCUCCGGGGUACUCGAUUCUCUCACGCCAGAACAGGUGAUGCACUGCAACACUGAAGAUGACUGCACUCAACUUGUGAAGCAACUUCCUCUGACAGAAGCUGCACUACUUGAUUGGGCAAUCAAUUUGAUGACAGAUGUUGUGGAGCAUGAACAGUAUAACAAGAUGAAUGUGCGCAACAUUGCUAUGGUCUUUGCACCCAACAUGACGCAGAUGGCUGAUCCCUUGACUGCAUUGAUUCAUGCCGUGCAAGUAAUGAACUUGCUCAAGACAUUGAUCUUAAAAAAAUUCCGGGAAAGAGAGGAAUCCAGUGCAAAGUUUAGGUUGCUCUCAGCAUGUGCGGCUUCCCCAAGCGACAAGAGCGACUGUCAUUCAAACUUAAACAGCAAAGAAUCUUGUAAAAUAUCACUCAACGCUCGUGCACCUGAGAUACCAACCACUGGCAAGUUCUCGAGGUCUGCCACUGUGAAUAGAGUAGAAUCCAACGCUGAGGAGAAAUAUUGGAGCUUCCAGAAAAAAAGUGAUGGAGAAGAGGAAUUUAAAUCUGCUUCAAGUAGCAGCCCUCCUUUUUACGAAAUGGACUCCCUAGACAGUGGAUGUAAAGGUGAAAAUGAUAGUGGGGAUUGGCUAAGUUUUAGCAAAGGGGUGAGGAGGCUAUGCAGACACCCUGUGUUUCAGUUGAGUAAACCAGUUAAGAAGACUCGUGAUCCUGGAAUUGUAAAUACCAGGGGAGGAGGCGGAGAAGCUUGGACUUGAUUUAUCAGUUGCUUUCUGGCCUGUACCGUAUAUAUGUUGAUCAGUUCAUGGUUGCUGAUCUAAAGAUUGUGAUAAAAUAGAUGUCAGCGUUUGUUUAAUUCUAUAGUCAGGGAACCCCAAAAACAAAACAUAAAAAUAAAAAAUAAAAAAAAAUUCUAAAUUGUUUGAAGGCCCUAA